GCGCAAGGCCAGCGGUGCAUGCUCAUCCCCUGCAUGAAUGCCUUUGUCAAGGAGGUGCUGCCGCAGUGUGCAGACACCACUCGCUGCCAGGACACCUGCGUCAGCUACGGGUGUACUGCGUAUGCGGCCUACUGCGGGAAGAUCGUUUUGCAAUCGUCUCCUGGCUACCUGGCCACUGCCCCGGCGCUGCUGGAAGGGGAUGCCACCUCGGCAGCAUCAGCCGGCCCAGCUGCGAGCCCUGGGGCGGUCUUGCGCAGCCUUCUGCCGGAGCAACGUAUUCCGAGCGCCCUCGCCUUGAGCCAGGUGUGCCUUGCUUCCUUGGCUCUUCUGGGCGUCUCGGUUGCGGCCGCUUUCGCCCUGCGCCGGCGGCCGACGCUGGCAGAGCCGCUGCUCGCGUGA